AUGGACAGAGAACAAGAAGACAUGCAAUUCCUCGGUUUCUUCGGAUGCUACAAACAAUCCUUCAAAAUCAUACUCUCAUGGAGAAAAAUCUUCUCACAAAUCACCUUAACUCUGAUCCUCCCUCUCUCCUUCAUCUUCCUCUUCCACAUAGAAGUCUCCAACCUCAUCUUCAACAAAAUCAAACACACCGAAGAACAAAUCGACCAGACCCAACAAGGCACACCGAAAUACGAUAAACUCACCGACAUAGUUUCAUCACAGUUCAUCACUCUCUUACUUUUCAAAUUAUUCUACUUCACCUUCCUCUUAAUCUUCUCACUUCUCUCCACCUCAGCUAUCGUCUACACAACAGCAUCCAUCUUCACAUCCAAGGAUCUCUCCUUCAAAAAAGUCAUCAAGAUCGUUCCCAAGGUUUGGAAGAGACUCAUGCUCACUUUUCUAUGCGCCUAUGCUGCUUUCUUCGCUUACAAUUUUCUAACCUUUCUGGUUAUCAUCUUCAUAGUGUUGACAGUAGGUGUAAAAAACGGUGGAGCUGUUUUGCUUAUUUUCUUGAUAAUCUUCUAUUUUAUUGGAUUUGUUUACUUAACUUUGAUAUGGCAACUCGCUAGCGUUGUGACGGUGUUGGAGGAUUUAUACGGAUUCAAAGCUAUGGUGAAGAGCAAGGAGUUGAUAAAAGGGAAAAUGGGUUUGUCAAUAUUUAUAUUUUUGAUGCUAAACGUUUCGUUUUUCUUGAUAAGGUUGGUUUUUAAGGUAGUGGUUGUGAAUGGAACAUGGUGUUUUGGUUACGUGGACAGAACAGGAUAUGGGAUACUAUGUUUCUUGUUGCUGUCGUGUUUGUUUUUGUUUGGACUUGUUUUGCAAACUGUCUUGUAUUUGGUUUGCAAGAGUUAUCAUCAUGAGAAUAUUGAUAAGUCUGCUUUGGCCGAUCAUCUUGAAGUUUAUCUUGGAGAGUAUGUGCCAUUGACAGCUAAAGAUGUUCAGCUGGAGAAUUAUCGAGUUUGA